GCUAUGCCGCUGCGGCUGCUCCUGCUGCUCUUAGCGCUCUGCUCCGCCGCCCGGGCCGAGGCUGAGGGGCAGAGGUCAGGGCAAACAGAACAUGAGGGAUCCCUCCAGCCGGAAGCACGUAACGGCCAGGAAAGCCAAGGGAAUGAGCACCCAGAUACGUCCAAAAAUAAGGAAGAGCAGCACUCUGAAUCGGAUCCACCCAACAAGGGAGACACCAAAUUGGACAGGAAUAACAGAGAGGUGACGGAUGAGGACCAGAAACGCAUGAAUGUGUCUGGCAACGGCAGCAGCGUGGAGAAGCAGACUGAUGGCCAGCGUGAGGGUGGCCAAGGUAAUGGCCAGGAUGGCCGAGGCAGUGACACAAGUUACCAAACUGACAACCAAGGCGGUGGCGCUGGCACCAGUAGUAAUCAGGCCAAUAACCAGGGCAGCGGCACCAAUAACCAGGGCAGCGGCACCAAUAACCAGGGCAGCGGCACCAAUAACCAGGGCAGCGGCACCAAUAACCAGGGCAGCGGCACCAAUAACCAGGGCAGCAGCAACCAGAACGAGGGCAACAAUCAGGAGAGCAGCAACAAGGAAAGCAACCGGGAUGGCAACAGUCAAGGCGGCAGCAACGGGAACCAGGGCAACCGCCAAGGCGGCGACGGCGAGAACCGGGACAACCGCCAAGGCGGCGACGGCGAGAACCGGGACAACCGCCAAGGCGGCGACGGCGAGAACCGGGACAACCACCAAGGCGGCAACGACGAGAACCGGGACAACCACCAAGGCGGCAACGACGAGAACCGGGACAACAACCACGGUGACAAGCAGGACGGCAACAACCAAGACCAGGGUAAUAACAAGAACGAGGACGGCAAGAACCAGGACGAGGGCAGCAACGACACAAACCAGGACAACAGCCGGGGUAGCAAUGACGCAAACCAGGGCAACAACCAGGACAGCAACACUGAGAAGCAGGACAGCAACGGCAAGAACCAGGGCAAGAACCAGGAAAGUCACAGCGAGAACCAAGCCAACAACCAGGGUAAUCAAAUAGACUCAUCGAGAGGUAAAAAUGUGUCACCACAAUCAACCUCCUCCACUGCUGAGGGCGAUGGUUUUUUAGACGAUGAAGAAAGCCCCGGAGAGGAAGAGGAUGGGGUUAAAGAAGGCAGUGAUGCCUCCUCCUUUAAGGAUAGAGAGAAGAGCAUUCCAUCUUCCCCCAGGGACCAGUCGGAGAGCAGCCACUUCUUCGCCUACCUGGUGACCACGGCUAUUAUCAUUGCUGCCUUAUACGUAGCGUAUCACAACAAACGCAAGAUCAUUGCUUUUGCUCUGGAAGGGAAAAGAUCGAAAAGUGGUCGACGGCCCAAAUCUGGCGAUUAUCAGAGACUGGAUCAAAAGAUCUAGAUUCCUCCUCGGAUGUUCAGUGGAAUAAUGACGGCCGGCGAGGAAAUUGCAGGAACACUGGGCCAUCCACCGACUCCCCUGCUAUAGCGCUCUGAGUUGUAGCUGUGCUGCCGUGUUCAGGUUUCAGACAACGGGAAGAAGGGGAAAUGCUUUUCGUUUUGCACCUGCACCUUGGUAACGUUAAACCUCUCACUUCCUCAAAACACGUUUCUCCUUUCCCAGCUGCCUGAAGAUGAACUCGUUUUCCACUUGGGCGUCUGGCUUUUGGCCUGUGACCCAGGAAAAGCCAGUCCCCAGCACUUGACAGAACUUUUGUAUCCAAAUGAAAUGGAAUUUCCCAUCUACUGUACUGACGUCUCCUCCUGGGUGGGGGGGAAAAAUCCGCCUGCAAAAUGAGCCGUCUGACUCUUCCCCUUCCAGAGUCAUAGAGCCGCCUUUGUAACCAGCACAGUCUUGCUUGAGAGACAGACGUUCUCCUCUUCUGUCCAUUGUAUUUGGAUGCUAGAGUUCGGAGCGUGACUGAUUGCACUAGUUUGGAAAUGAUCCACCAAGGACUCUGAUUUGAUUUGAUUUUUUUUCUUGCUCUCUGUGAUGAAGACAACGUUAAAGAAUCUAGAUGUUAAACUCUCUUUCACGCGCAUCUUUGGAAACGCUGGAGCAGUCUUUGGCCCUUGGGUUGUAGCUUAAACUUCCUCACCUGCAUCUUACGCUCCACGCGGGUCUUUUCCCUCACAAUCCCCAGAGUUCAGAUGUUUGCACUAAAGGUGGCCGUUGCGGUUUGAUGCUGUGAAGGAGGGCGGGUUAGGCUUAGAAAGCUUCGUGCCAAAUUGCCGCAGCGUAGUUGUAGCAGGCUUCGCCUUGGAAGGUUGCUUUCCUACCCCUUGUAAAUGUAGUUACGUGGUAACGUAAAACGUACGGUAACCCCGAAGCGUUCAGGAUGAAUGAAACUUGCGGCCCUUCAAACCUCUUCCUCAAAACAUAGUAUUGAGGCCCUGGAGCGUUCAACUCCACCAAAUGAGCCUCCGUUGGCUGUAGAGCUCGCUGCGACUGAGCCCUCAGCGUUGGCUCUUGCUGGAGAAGUGCCGCUUUCUUGCCCGUUCGAGAGCUGAGGGGGCUGCUCGUCCCCUGGGUUGCACAAGCCUUGGCAGCGCCGCGCCUGCCGAGCGCCUCUCGCCUAGAGAACCCGUUGUAGCCCGCGGUGCGGGCGCCGUCUUUUCUGCCUGUGAGUCACCACGGGGCGUCUUCUCCCCGAGGUCGUUUUCUGAGCGGGUGACCGACGUGUGAAAGGGCUUAUACAGCCAGCACAACCUCUUCCCACUCUUCCACCGCGCUGCCAACCCCGGCUUUGAGAAGUUUUGUGUAGUUGAAUGUACGCGUAACCAGCUUCUUGUCGCUGAGCUGGUCACUUUGGUGUUACUGUGGAGCACUUAAACUAGGGCCUGGGACGUACUGCUUAUAUUUAAGGCUGCAAAACACGUUGAUUCACAAGUUAUAGCUGUGAGGUUGUUUUUAUUUUUGUAGUUCUACUCCAAAGGUGUUUGUCUGAGACAGAACGUUUCUGAAAAGGGCAUGAAGUACGUGCCCAGCUCAUGCUUUUGUUUUUUCCAAUAUAGGCAGAAAAAAAUUGGUAUGAGGCAUGUAGAGCUCUUCACACGGGUACCUGUCUACACCCAAAGCUCCUGCCAGCUGUACGUGAGUCACCCUCUCCAUGCACUUGCCGACUGACUGCACAGGAAGAAUCGCGGUUGGGUUAACUUCCCUCCAGCUGGCUGCGAAAGCGACUUCUGGGAUGAGGCCGGCCUUUUUCCGGCCUUCCCGAGGUUGUGAACAAUUGGUAAUCUGCCCUGUGGUUGCUAAAGAUAGUCACGUUCGACCAGGGCAAAGAUGUGUCCUUGUCUGGACAUGAAAGCUGCAGCUGUAUUUUUUUUUUCCUAGUGGUUCAUUCCCCACGUAAGAGGGGAGAAGGGGCUUGACCCUCUCCUAAAAGAAAAAUCCUUUAUUUUUUUCCUUUUUGCUGGCUGUUAGCAAGCACAAAGAGCAGGAGAAAGUCCCUCUUGGCUUUAAAUAGCUUUCAAGGUUUCCGUAGUAAACUUUUCUGAUGCUAAAAGUACUUGCAGAAGCUAUUUUGGAGAACGGGAGUGUGAGGUGGAGGGAAGAGAAAGGAAAACAAGUCUGGGAACAUAACCCUUGGGGGAAAUGUGCUUUCUGAAAAGGGUGGGAACUCCUGCAACAAGACUCCACUGUUUCAGAGAUCCCGUAGGAUAAGGCUGAGGCUCACUGUUGUGCGGCUGAUUUAUGGACAGGAUGCGGGGUGGGAGGUGGUGGCUUUUGUCUAAUGACAGCGG